AUCUAUUUAUUUUAAAAUAUGGAGGACAUGCUUUUUGACUUUGACCAGGAUGACACCACGGAUAUUACACUUUGGGGACAAGUGGACCAAAACUUCCAGUUUCAGAGCCAGGUGGACACCUUCCUGCUGGACUACAGCACGGCCACCGGCCAGAUCUCUCCCUGGUCCAAUUUUGGCAGUCAGUCUAUGUUCCCAGAUGCACAGCUGACCUUCACAGACCUGGACGUGCAGUCUCCGGGGGCGGACGUCUGCGGCGAAGGGGAAAGCUCCUCCAUAGAUGACCCCCUAGAGCUGACCAAGCACAGGGCGCGGCGCCUGGUGCCCCAUCAGCCCUACAAGGUGCAGCGAUAUGCCGCCAACAUCCGCGAGAGGAAGAGGAUGCUGAGCAUCAACUCCGCCUUCGAGGAGCUGCGCUGCCACGUACCGACGUUUCCCUACGAGAAGCGGCUGUCCAAGAUAGACACCCUGAGGCUGGCCAUAGCGUACAUCGCCCUGCUGAGAGAGAUCCUCAUGUCAGGCUGCGACCCCAAAUCCUAUGUGGACGAGUGCAUGAAGAAUGGCUACAAGAAUCACACCAACGCCAUCUGGAACACAAGCGACCUGACAGCCCGCCUCUCUUGGAUAAAGUGGGAUUAACUGAGGAACAUGGGGCGCCCUGAGUGUGGAGAUGGCAGCGGGGAGGAGGUUCAGGUUUGUUCCUCCCUCCUCUCUACAUGUCAAAGACAGGCGGCCGGCCCGCAAGACAGAGCCGACAGAUCGACAUCUGCAGACUUCUCAUCGGGUCACACACCUCAGGCUUUCUCAACCUCACCCACUCCUCCGUCCUCCGUGGCUUUUAAUAUUCUAAUUUAUUGUUGACUGGUAAUUG